CGGCGGCAAUGGCGGCGUAGCGCUGGCGGCAUGGCGGCGCUGCGGCUGCUGGGCCCGGCCCGGCUGCGGGGCGGCGGGAUCCCAUGGAGUGUUCUCAGGAGCUACUCCUCUGCCAGCACCAAGGAGAAGAUGAGCAGGGUUGCCACGUGUGAGAGGACAGAGCUGCUGGAAGUGCUGAAAGCUCGAGUCAAGCAGCUCCAAGGCAGUAACAGCCCAGAGGUGCCAGAGAACACAGUGGAGUUGGCCUCACUGGGCAAUGACAAGUGCCAGGCCCAGCUGCAGAGAGCAGUGGCUCCUGAGCCCCCAGGGGAGCAGACCCCUCCCAGGGAAAUUGCUGAGAGCCCAGCCUGGCCCAGCAGCUGGGCUGAGAAGCUGAAGAAGGAGACGUGCAUCCACCAGCUGAAGGUGGAGAAGGAGUUAUCUGUUGGUGCUUCUUGGCCUGUGGAACAGCAGGGGAAGGUCAAGGCCAAAGCAAAGGCCAAGACCAAGUCAAAAGCAAAAACCAAGGCUAAAGCCAAGACUAAAGCAGAGGCCAAAGCUAAGGCUGAAGCAGAGGCUGAAGCAGAGGCCAAAGCCAAGGCUGAAGCAGAGGCCAAAGCCAAGGCUGAAGCAGAAGCCAAAGCCAAGGCUGAAGCAGAGGCUGAAGCAGAAGCCAAAGCCAAGGCUGAAGCAGAAGCUGAAGCAGAGGUCAAGGCCAAACCAGGGAUUAAGGGCAAAGCUGAAGCUAAGAAGACCCUGAAGACCUCAAAGGCUACAUUGUCUGCUGCCUGGAGCCAGGACCCUGCUCUGUUCCUCAGUCUCUGUGGGCAGGGGAAACUCAAGGAGCGUCCAAAGAUAAGGAAGCCUCAAGCUGAGCUGAAGCACAAGGACAGCAGCCAUUACAGGGUCCUGCAGCAGACCAUCCAGUCCAACCUGGAGUGUUUCCUGUUCCUGCAGCAGCCACAGGAGGCUGAGAGGUUCCUGCUCAUGUACCACAACUCCCCUGGCAGGAGGAGGCACUUGAAUGUCGAUUCCUACAACGUGGUGAUGCGGAGCUGGGCAAAAAAGGGCCGUUUGAAGCGCAUCAGCCAUCUCUUUGCCAUGAUGCACUCUGUGAAGCUCCAGCCCAACCUUGAAUCCUAUGCAGCAAUGCUGGAGUGCAUGGGCCACACCUCAGAAUCUGUCAAAGUCAUCUGGAGCUGCCUGCAGCAGAUGAAGAUCAAUGGCUUUGAAAUGGAUGACCUCUUCCAGAAGUGCCUGUUUGAGGAAGAUGAGAAGGAGAAUGUGCUGAAGGCCAUCAGGAUUGUCCAUCCUGACUACCAGCUGCCCCCUCCACCCAGCCCCCAGAUCUGCAAGUCUUCUCUGCUCCCAGACUUCUACUCCAAAGAGAGGAUGGUGUCAUACCCCAAGCUGGAUUUCUCUGUGCAGGAGCUGCAGGAGUGUUUUCAGCAGCAGCUACAGAUGGAGCUCAACAACACCAUAACCAUGGAGUCAGUGGAGGCAACCAAACCUCUGACCCCUCAGGCCAUUAAAGCGCGCAAAGUGCUGGACACGCUCCGUUCCCAGUGGCACAGCUCCAUCUUCCAGGCUCUGAGGAAGUCCAGGAGCAACAUGCCCAAACUCAAGACAAUGUCUGGGCACAUUAGUCUCUACCCCUACCUGUGCCUGCUGCCAGAUGAGGAGUAUGUGGGCAUCAUGCUGCAGGUCCUCAACACCCUCUCUCCACAAGGAGAAUCCCUGACUGUUUUGGCCAGGGAGCUGGGCUCCAAAGUCUACAACAGAUAUGUCACCCAGAGGAAGCUGCACAGUGGCCAACUGGAGAAGGUGCAGGAGAUCUACAAGGACUACAUCCACCUCCUGGCAAAGGAUGGCAAGCCUGGUGAGUUUUUGCCACGGGAAUAUUGGGAGAAGCUGGUGGCAGAAGCAGGUUUUGGGCCUUCAGUGAACCUGAAGGGCUGUGACUGGCCGUACAUGCUGCUGGUGCGCCUGGGCAUGCACCUGCUGGAGAUCCUGGUGAAGACUGUCAAGUUUCCCAGGAACAUCCUCAAUCCUCGCCUGGAGCCAAGUCUCAUCCCUGUCCUCUACCACAUCUACUCCUUCUCCAGCACCUGGCAGGUUGGGCUGAUAAAGCCUCAUCCCAUCUUCUCCCAGCUCAUGUCAGAAGCUGCAGAGACCUUGCUGACCUUUAACUCCUCUUCCAUCCCUAUGCUGUGCCCUCCAGUCCCUUGGACCUCCCCCAACCUUGGUGCCUUUAUCCUCAACGACACCAAGCUGAUGCGCUUCGUGGACGGGGCCAUGCAGCACCAGGUGCUGCUGGAGCAGUGUCCCCCAGUGAACCUCCACCCAGUGCUGGAUGCCCUCAACCAGCUGGGCAACUGUGCCUGGAAGAUCAACCAACCAGUGCUGGAUAUCAUCAUCUCCAUCUUCAAUGACAAAGGGAAUGAGAAGCUGGACAUCCCCCCACCUGUCUCUGAGGCUCCCAAACCUUCUGUCCCUCCUGGCAGCCCCUCUACUUGGACCAAGUCUCAGAAGCAUGAGGUGUUGCUGUGCAAGAAGAAGGCAGCUGAGAUGCACAGCCUGCGUGUAGAUGCUCUCUAUAAGCUCUCCAUUGCCAACUAUGUCAGGGACAAGAUCUUCUGGUUUCCUCACAACAUGGAUUUCAGGGGCAGGACUUACCCUUGCCCACCUUACUUCAACCACCUGGGGAAUGAUGUCACCAGAGCCAUCCUGCUCUUUGCAGAGGGAAGGCCUCUGGGGCCCAAAGGCCUUGACUGGCUGAAGAUUCACCUCGUUAACCUGACAGGGCUGAAGAAGAAGAACACUCUGCAGGAGAGGCUGGAGUAUGCCAAUGAGAUCAUGGAGGACAUCCUGGACUCAGCUGAUCACCCACUCACGGGCAGGAAGUGGUGGAUGGACACAGAUGAGCCCUGGCAGACCUUGGCCUGCUGUAUGGAGAUCGCCAAAGCCUCGAGGUGCCCAGAUCCAGCAGCCUACAUCUCCCACUUCCCAGUUCACCAGGAUGGCUCUUGCAAUGGUUUGCAGCACUAUGCAGCUCUUGGCCGGGACCUUAUUGGUGCCAUCUCUGUCAACCUGAUGCCCUGCAGUGUGCCCCAGGAUGUCUACAGUGCAGUGGCCCAGCAGGUGGAGGAGCUUAGGAAGAAGGAUGCUGAGCAGGGGGUGAAGAUUGCCCAGGUGCUCCAAGGCUACAUCAGCAGGAAGGUGGUGAAGCAGACGGUGAUGACGGUGGUGUACGGCGUGACACGCUACGGCGGGCGGCUGCAGAUGGAGAAGAGGCUCAAGGAGAUGGACGAGUUCCCUGAGGAGUGUUUGUGGGAGGCAUCUCACUACCUGGUGAAGCAGGUGUUCAAUGUCAUCAAGGAGAUGUUCUCAGCCACUCGAGAUAUCCAGAACUGGCUGACAGAGAGUGCCAAGCUCAUUGCCCAGUCGGGACAGACGGUGGAGUGGGUGACGCCGCUGGGGCUCCCCAUCCUGCAGCCCUACUAUCGCUCCAGAGCUGCUGUGGUGAGCUGUAACAUGCAGCAAUUGAGUUUGAAAAGCUCCAGCACCAGCCAGAAGCCUGACACAGUGAAGCAGAAGAAUGCCUUCCCUCCCAACUUCAUCCACUCCCUGGACUCCACACACAUGAUGCUCACAGCUCUGCACUGUCUCAGACAGGGUCUGACCUUCGUCUCAGUCCACGAUUGCUACUGGACUCACGCGCUGACCGUGGACAUCAUGAACCAGAUCUGUCGGCAGCAAUUUGUGGCUCUGCACAGUGAGAAGAUCCUGCAGGAUCUGUCUGAGUUCAUGCUGGAGAAGUACUGCAGCCCUGACAGGGAGACCAGAGCCCUCUGGCAGAAGAAACUGAUGGAGCAGCUGUCAAAUGUCCCCAAGACAGGUGAAUUGAACCUGAAGAAGGUGAUGGAUUCCACUUAUUUCUUCAGCUGAGCCCUGGCAGCCACAGUGGCCCUGGGCUACCUCUGGCCUGCUGGCUGCCUCAGAAGCUGUGGUAGGCACCAGCCCCUGAGGCUCCUCUGUCUGUAUCUCAUGGGGAAAAUGGGUUCAGCUGCCCACCCAGCAGAGAGAUCUGCCCCAGGGCAGACUGGGAUGCUGUGAGGACGUGUGAGUGGCAGACAGGGUGUCUGCAUGGCUUGUUGCUGCUUGUGUCCCAGCUCAGGAGAGCAGGCACAGAGCCCUGGGGAGGGCUGCAGCUCUCUGCUGUGGGGCUGAGGGGGCAGAGGUGGGGCUAGCUCCUCUCCAUCCUCACCCUGGCACCAUGUGCCUGCCAGGGCUGUGAGUGCCAGAGCUUGCUGUCUCUGGUCUGGCCUGGGCUGCCAUCCCUCUCCAUCCCUCCAGCAAGCUCAGACUUUCUGGGGCUCAGACCCCUGCCUGGAGGGCAGCAGGAGCCUCCUGCUCUGCUCUUGGCCACGGGGCAAGUGCUGCUCUGGGUGCCCUGCUCCAGCUGCUGGGCACUGACCCAUUUUCCCCUGGCACAGCCUCUGUGGCUCCUGACUCAUUUCCAGGGACUUGUUUCACCUCUUCUCACUGGGGCUCACACAGGGAAAACCUCUAAUGGGUGUGGAGGUGUAUGAUACUGUAAAUAAA